AUGAUACAGUUUAUUCUUAUUGUGAAUAAACAAGGCAGGGUGAGAAUAAGAAGAAAUUAUCACCAUGUUGAAAAGAACGAGCAAGAACAAAGAGAUUCAGCUGUUAUAAAUAAAUGUCUCACUCGAACCAACAAACAGUGCAACUAUUUCAGCCAUGAGGCAGUAACUAUUGUGUACAAAAGGUUUACAAACCUCUGUCUAAUCUGUGGAGUUACGAAUGAGAAUGAACUGGCCAUCCAGGAGUUGUUGAAUGUGUUCAUGGACUGCCUUGGGUCCUAUUUUCAAAAUGUGUCGGAGCUGGAUAUAGUUUACAACAUGGAGAGGGUGUACAUGAUACUGGAUGAAAUCAUUGUCAACGGGAGCAUAGCCUUCACUAGCAAAGAACGAGCUCUGAUUCCUCUGCAGCUGUUGGAUGCUGGCAGUUGA